AUGGCAUUCAAAAGCGGGUCGUUCGCGACCUUCCUCAUUGUUUGCCCAACCUGUUUCUUCCUGGGAAUCAUCUUCUCCCUCUUCCCUUAUGACUACCCAAUCCUUUGGUCAACCGUGACAACGCCCGCCGCCCACUAUGAUUACCUGGAAGCGCACCUCCGCUUCCUGCACGCUUCGCCCCCGCUCAUCCCACGCAUCCUGCACAUCGUAAUCUUCCUCGGCCUCGCCGGUCUCCUGACAAAGCUCUACAAGCCCUCCGAGUCAAACAUGCUCUUUGACGGAGCCUCGCUUGUUCUCUACAUGUGCGGUGUAACCGUCUACAUCGCCAACAUCGUAAAGGGUCUGCGUCUGGCCUCCGCCGGCCAAUACGGCGCCGAACUCGCCACUACCCCCGAUGAGAAGGAACAGAUUCUUGGUCGCGAGGACUCGCUCAAGGUCCUAUCUGCCAGCAACACCAUCCUUGCUCUUGUCCUCGUUGGCAUUCUGGUUCUCCAGGCUGGGCAAUGGUAUGCCGAGCGCAAGGAUGCGCAGGAGUACGAGUCGCUUGCCAAGGGGAAGAAGGGUGAAAAGGACUCUGCCGAGUCAGGUGCUACUUCUGGCGCGUCGAGCGCUACUGCUAGUAAGCCUGGCCGGCAGGGAAGUCAGCGAAAGAAGAGCAAUUAA